UAUUUAAAAUCAUAGCCGAAGAGAGUCAUAUGUAGAUAACGAUCUUCAGGAUAUACCACAUGAAGGUGUUAUAUUUAUAACGUGAAGUAUACAAACGAUUUGGACAAUGAUGCUGAGGUGGUUCGUGUGCGGUGUUGCUCUGCUUCUUCCCAGCGCGGUUUCGGUAGAACUCUCGUCAUUCAUGACCAACAUUGAACUGCCUGGACUUCCUGGCGUUACCAAGUUACAAACUCUCCAUGCUCCAUCUGAAAUCACUUGUGCCGUUUUGUGUCUUGCGAUGGACGCGUGUUCCUGGUACACCCAAGACCAGGGAACCUACAUAUGUACCCUCUUCCGAGAGUACCACCCAGCGGAUAUCACACCAAAUAGCUUUGAUCAGGACUUCAACGACACCCUCUUUGGAGUAAACCGUGAGAUGCGCUGCAGCCCUCCUACAUCCAUCGUCAACGGUGCUGUCCACGCCGCCACUCGUGGAGAGGGAGAUGUCGCUCACUACGCCUGCGACGCCGACUAUACCUUUUGCCGUGGUGUGACUAACACCAGCGUCUGUUCCGCCUCGGGGCAGUGGCAGGGUAUUCCCGGGGAGUGUGUCAGAAACCGAUGGAAGGAUUUGAGUGGAAACGGCGUUUACCGCUAUCUACCAUGUCCAUUGGGAAUAGGGGAUCGCAUAACCUGGACCGGCAUACCAACCAGUGAGUAUGUUUUCAACGUCGACCUGCACGGCCCCUUCGGUCGACCCCUACAUAUACACGUGCGCUUCAACUACUACAGUUACCACAACAUUACUGCCAUAGCUCAUCUGACAAACGACAAUUGGAUAACUGGUGGCCACUACACCUACUUCCCUUUCGAAGUAGGGAAGCUAUUUCGCAUCGUCGUCGUUAUGGAAGACACGUUGUUUCGGAUUUAUAUUGAUGACCAGGAAUUGGGGACUCUGGAUUACGGCUCCGGUCCCGCUCCUCCCCAGAUUGACUUCCUUGGCUUCGAGCAGGAGGUAGACGCCCGAUCUGCUGAAAUAGACUACGUCUGAUGACGUUGCUCACUCACCCGGAAGUUCCUUUUCAUACAAGUUCUCUGCUUUGGAAGAACUAGGUUCAUGUUCCAGAACUUGUUGUGCGGUGGUCACUCUAGGACAUGAUAUACUGCACUAAAACCGCGAUAUGUAAAACUUAAAAAUGAAAAGACUUGUGCCGCUGUAGUUCAUGUUUGACUACAAGAACUUAAAUAAAAACUAGUUUUGCUGUAGCAGUACGUGUUACGCUCAAUAACUGAGAACAAAGUGUGCUGCAGCAGUAUGUUUUCGACGUAUAUGAUACACUGCACUAUAGGAGAACAACUUACGCAGCUAUUACUACAAUGAUAUAAAUAAGAACUAGGUUUUGUCUGGAGCAGUAAAUAUUCAACUGCAAUUAAUGAAAACUAGUUGUGCUACAGUAAUC